CCGCGAAAGCGCGCGCUUUCCUUAUAAAAUCGAGCUUCCGCGUUCGCUCACUCGCCCGCGUCGCAUCCAAAAACGCUCGGCCCCCCGGCGCUCCUGCCUCAUUCUACAAUCUACGCUUGUGUCGUUUGACCAGAUUACGACAUGAUGAUGCCCGCGAUGCUGCCUUGAUGUGACUGCAUCGAUGCCUUCCUCACUCUCAUCUCGUUGCAUCUUCCUUGCAUCUUCAUGCCAUCGGGCGGAGGAGCGACGAUGACGACCUCACGGUAUGUGCCAUCUAUCCCACGUGACUUUGUACACCUUUACUGACCCUCAGCACAGACUUGACCGCCUGGUUACUUUACUGGAGAGUGGAAGUACCCAACUCAUCCGCAACACCGCUGCUCAACAGUUGGCGGAUGUGCAGAAGAAUCAUCCGGAUGAAUUAUUCAAUCUCUUGACUCGCGUCGUUCCUUACCUGCGCUCGCCCUCCUGGGACACCCGGACUGCUGCAGCAAAGGCAAUCGGCGGCAUCGUCGAGCAUGCGGAAAAGUAUGAUCCCAACGCAGAUUUCGACGACAUCAACGAGGCGCCACCGGCGAAAGCGGAAGAUGCGCCGUCUCCAUCGUCAGCUCCUGCUCAACUACAACUCGCCACUUUGGACGUCGAAUCCAUCUUGACAUACGGCAAAGAGCUUCUCGGUAGUGCUGGGAAACAGUAUGACUUCAAAUUGGCUGGUCUGAAUCCGUCAGAGAGAUUGGCACAUCAGAAGCAAACGCUCACCGCACGCCUCGGCUUGGGUGGCGAGUACAUCGAAGAGGAUCUGGUGACGGAAAAAGACAUCGCCAUCAGGUCCAACUCAUUCUCCACCCCAACCGCUCCACGCAUCAAUACGGAUAGGGAAAGUCCACGGGACGAUCCUUUCACAAAGUCUCCCGAUGACUUCGCCGCUCAGACACCUACCGGCAGCGCUGGCGAGAUGAGCAAGCGACAGCUCAACAUGCUCAAGCGCCGUCGCAAAGAGGAACUCAAGCGCGACAACAAAAAGUUCAAAUACGACUUUGCGGCGCGACGGGGCAGUACGACGAACGUCUCACAGACUCCCAUUGAACAAGAGGUGAAAGCUGAGAUCAAAGACGAGCCAAAUCAGAACGGAUCCGCGGAUUACUUCUCUCUGGAGCGCAAAGACGGUGACGAUGACAGCAAGAUUGUCUCGGAGUUCAAAGGGAUGCCUGUCCCGGAAAAGUCCACUCUUCUCACCGAAGCGGAGGAAGAGGGCACGGAAUGGCCAUUCGACCGGCUCUGCGAAUUUCUCACCGUCGACCUCUUCGACCCGCAGUGGGAAAUCCGGCACGGCGCGGCCAUGGGCUUGCGAGAAGUCGUUCGCGUACAUGGCGCGGGAGCGGGUCGACAAGCUGGAAAGUCUAGAACAAAGAAUGACGAGCUCAAUCGAGCGUGGCUGGACGAUUUGUCCUGUCGCCUGUGCUGCGUCUUCAUGCUCGAUCGCUUCGCCGACUACGUCUCGGAUACCGCCGUGGCACCAAUUCGAGAGACGGCCGGGCAGGUGCUUGGUGCCGUCCUGCAAUACCUACCUGUCGCCGCCGUCCACGAUGCCAAUCGCAUUCUCUAUCGUCUCGUCAUGCAGAAGGAUCUGAAAGUUUCGAGACGCAUCUGGCACGCCUGUCACGGCGGGAUGAUCGGCCUGCGGUAUCUGGUUGCCGUGAGGACUGAUUUGGUCUUCCAAGAUCCAUCUCUCAUGGACGGUGUGCUCGAAUGUGUGAUCAAAGGUUUGGGCGACAUGGACGACGAUGUCCGCUCCGUCAGCGCCGCUACGCUCAUUCCUGUCGCCCAGCAAUUCGUCACUGUGCGAAAGAACGAGCUUCCUCACCUCAUGAGCGUGGUCUGGGAGUGCUUGUCCAGCUUGAGCGAUGAUCUGAGUGCGAGCACCGGCUCAGUCAUGGACCUUCUGGCCAAACUCUGCAGCUUCCCGGAAGUCCUGGACGCCAUGAAGCAGAAUGCCCUCGAUGACCCCGAGCAAUCUUUUGACGAGCUCGUGCCUCGCCUCUAUCCAUUCCUUCGACACACAAUCAGAAGUGUGCGCUCCGCCGUCUUGCGUGCGUUGCUCACAUUCAUCAACAUCGAGGGCAAGGACACGAAAGGCUGGAUCAACGGCAAGGCCCUUCGCCUCGUCUACCAAAACUUGCUCGUGGAACGGGAAGAGGACGUGUCCCGGCUUACUCUUGAGGUGUGGGACGCUCUCGUCGAUUGUCUAACUCAGCAAGGCGUUCAGCGAUUCAAAGAUGAGUUCGCCGCGCAUGCAGUGCCUCUCAUAUCACUCACUCUCCAUCCCAUUGGCAUCAGCCGCCACCCCAUCCCCAUGGACGCGACACUCUUCCUCAAGCCUUCGGGACAGGUCUUUGCCAAUUCCACCUCCGUUCGUCGCGCAUCUCCCAUCAACGGGAAUGAGCCGGCCAAGAAACGGCGGAAAUCGGAGAAAAAGGACGCUCCGAUUGCCUCUUCGUACGGGGCGCUCUCACACAACAUCGAUGCCGCAAUCAUGCAGGGCGAUGUUGACCUUGUCGGUGCGGAUGUCAUGAUCCGGUCACGAAUUUUCGCUACGAGAGCUCUGGGCAAAGCAGUCUUUUCCUGGCCGCAAGAUGAUCGACUGGCAUUCUUUGCCUCACACCUUUUGCCCCAGCUGCAGUCAACGUACGCCUCAACGCAGAUCUUCACAGCGAUGGCUCUGGAAGGGUACGCUUCCUUGCUCACCUCCCCGGACCCCCUCGCGAGCAAGGCUAUUGCCGAACUACGUCCACUCGUCGACGAUGAGCGACCGGGAUGCUACAGCGACCAGACCAGCUAUCUGCGCAUCGCCAGGGCGCAGUGCCAGCAACUCAUGAACUCCUUCCAAGAACAGGCUCAUGUCUCCGGCAGCAAACUCCCCAUCAUGGCCGUAGUGUGUCAAGGGGAGCCAGAGGCUGGCAAGAAUGCCUUCUCCAUUGCACAUGCCGAGAAGAUUGUCAAUGAAGACUUUGAGCGGCUCAACAAAGGUCUUUCGACUGUGCAAAGGAUGGCAGCGGCCGAAGCACUCAAUAUCGCCAAGCUGGACGCCGAGACUGCCAUUCGUGAGGCGCAGAACGCAAAGAGUCGGAGCGAUCUUCGCAUUCGUUCGUCCGCUGCCGCGGCUCUCGUCGCUUUCCGUGAGAUCCCAAAGAAACCUCAGGCCACGAUCAAGGCUGUCAUGGAUAGUGUAAAGGAAGAGGAGAACUCGGAUCUCCAACAUCGGUCUGCCACUGCCAUCGCAUCGCUUGUGCAACAGCUCGUCGCCUUGGAGCGCCAUAAAGUGGUUGACAAAGUGGUGGGCAAUCUCGUCAAGUUUUGCUGCAUGGAGACCGGUGAGACGCCCGAAUUCCACCCGAACGCCAAAAAGGAGGCCGAGAUUCUCUCUCUGCAAAAGGAUGAAGACGUCCAGGACCGCCCGGAUGCUGCAAAGUUCGAGCGGGAGGCGAGGGCUGCCCGUAUCACGAGACGAGGCGCCAGAGAUGCCCUGGCACAGCUUUGCCAGGCGUUUGGUGCGGAGUUGUUGAAGAAGGUUCCUACGUUGAGUGAAGUGAUUGAGGGUCCAAUCCGACACUGCUUCGCAAAUGAGCUGCCAGGCGAUAUCACCGACCCUGCCAGCACGACUGGUCAACAAGUGGUCGAUGCCAUGUCCACUCUGCGUGCGCUCAUCGCCAACCUGGAUCCAGGCCUCCACGCUUGGGUGCUCGAUCUUCUUCCUUUCAUCGCCAAAGCGCUGCAGUGUCGAUUAGCCGUGUUGAGAUACAUCGCGGCGAAGUGCUUCGCGAGCGUGUGCAGCGUCAUCACAGUCCAAGGAUUUACCAUGCUUGUGGAGAAGGUGUUGCCGUCCAUCAACAACGCGCACGAGGUCGUCUACCGGCAAGGAGCGAUCGAGUGCAUCUACCACCUCAUCCAAGUCAUGGGCGACGGUGUCCUACCAUACGUGAUCUUCCUGCUUGUGCCCGUGCUCGGACGCAUGAGCGACUCCGACCCGGGCGUGCGACUGAUCGCUACUACCGCAUUCGCAACACUCGUUAAGUUGGUCCCCUUGGAAGCCGGCAUCCCCGACCCACCUGGCUUGCCACAAGCCAUGCUCGAAGGGCGGGAUCGCGAACGCAAGUUCAUCGCUCAGAUGCUGGAUCCCAAAAAAGUCGAGCCCUUCCAGAUCCCCGUCGCGAUCAAAGCGGAGCUGCGUUCGUAUCAGCAGGAUGGUGUCAACUGGCUGCAUUUCCUCAACAAGUAUAAUCUGCAUGGUGUGCUUUGCGACGACAUGGGACUGGGGAAGACGCUGCAAACGCUUUGCAUCGUGGCGAGUGAUCAUCACAUGCGUGCGGAGGAGUUUGCGAAAACGCAGGCUCCGGAUAAGAGCAGAAUGCCUUCUCUCAUUGUUUGCCCCCCGACACUCACCGGACACUGGAAGCAAGAGAUUCUGCAGUACGCGCCGUUUUUGAAUGCCGUCGCCUAUGCUGGACCGCCUGCCGAGCGUGGCAGAGUGCGAUCUCAGUUGAACACGGCAGACAUCGUCAUCACUUCCUACGACAUUGCGAGGAAUGACAUUGACAUUCUUUUGCCCAUCAAUUGGAACUACUGCGUCCUCGACGAGGGCCAUUUGAUCAAGAACCCCAAGGCCAAAGUGACGAUAGCGGUCAAGACGCUGAUCAGCAACCACCGACUCAUCCUCUCCGGCACCCCCAUUCAGAAUAACGUCCUUGAGCUGUGGUCCCUCUUCGAUUUCCUCAUGCCGGGCUUCUUAGGCACGGAAAAGCUAUUUCAAGACCGCUUCGCCAAACCCAUCGCGGCCAGUCGGUUUGCCAAGUCUUCUUCGAAAGAGCAAGAGGCAGGCGCUUUGGCGGUAGAAUCACUGCACAAGCAGGUGCUGCCAUUCCUCCUCCGUCGGUUGAAGGAGGAGGUGCUUAAUGACCUCCCGCCGAAGAUUCUGCAAAACUAUUACUGCGACCUCAGCGAGUUGCAGAAGAAGCUCUUCGACGACUUCAGCCGCAAAGAAGCAAAGUCGCUGCAGGAAAUGGCGGGCAACGCCGACAAAGAGGCCAAACAACACAUCUUCCAGGCUCUGCAGUACAUGCGCAAGCUCUGCAACUCCCCGGCGCUCGUCAUGAAGGAGGGCCACAAGCAAUACGCCGCUAUUCAAUCCCUCCUCGCCCGCGACAAGUCUAGCGUGAGCGACCCCAAGCACGCCCCGAAACUCACCGCGCUCCGCGACCUGCUUGUCGACUGCGGCAUCGGCGUCGAAUCCUCCACCGAGUCCGGCCUCGUGCCCACGGCCGAUCAAGCCGUCUCGCAGCACCGCGCCCUCAUCUUCUGCCAAAUGCGCGAGAUGCUCGACAUGGUGGAGAACACGGUGCUGAAGAAGAUGCUGCCGACCGUUACGUUCGCGCGCCUGGACGGCUCCGUGGAAGCCUCCAAACGCCAGGACAUCGUCAACCGCUUCAACUCCGAUCCUUCGAUCGACUGCCUACUCCUCACCACCAGCGUCGGCGGCCUCGGGCUGAACCUCACGGGCGCCGACACCGUCAUCUUCGUCGAGCACGACUGGAACCCCCAGAAGGACCUACAAGCCAUGGACCGCGCGCACCGCAUCGGACAAAAGAAGGUGGUGAAUGUAUACCGCCUGGUGACGCGCGGCACGCUCGAGGAGAAGAUUCUCAACCUACAGCGCUUCAAAAUCGACGUUGCGUCCACGGUCGUCAACCAGCAGAAUGCCGGGCUGGGCAGCAUGGAGACGGAUCAGAUUCUGGACUUGUUCAGUCUGGGAGACACGGACGGGGAUUCUGGUGGGGCGUUUGGGGGCGGGGACGCGGAGAGGGGGACCGUGGAUGCGGAGAAUGCGGUUGAUGCCGAGGGGAAUGUGAAGGAGAAGGGGAAGAAGGGAAUUUUGGAUGAGUUGAGUGAAUUGUGGGAUGAGCGGCAGUAUGAGGAGGAGUUUAACCUGGAUGGAUUUUUGAAGAGUAUGAAGGCCUGAGAUGGGGGUUAGGAGCAUAGCGCAGCAUCGGAGCAAAAUUAUGAAUUGAGCGGCAAACAACAGAUGCAAUUCUUUUUGAC